AUGCUUGCGCUCCAAAGCGGCCUAAGGAGGAUGCUGGCCUCCAGGCCUCUGGCACAUCAGGUGUGCUCGUCUUUCACUUCUGGCCACAAACAAGAAGGAACAUUCUAUGAAUUUUGUACUUAUUACCUUAAGCCCGCAAAUGUGGAAGAGUUCCUGUACAAUUUUAAGAAAAAUGUUCAUCUUCGGACAGCUCACUCUGAAUUGGUGGGAUAUUGGAGUGUAGGAUUUGGAGGCAGAAUAAACACUGUAUUCCAUAUUUGGAAAUAUGAUAAUUUUGCUCACCGUGCUGCAGUAUACAAAACCUUGGCCAAGGAUGAGGAAUGGCAAGAACGAUUCCUCAUUCCAAAUUUGCCUCUCAUUGAUAAACAAGAGAGUGAAAUUACCUACUUGGUACCAUGGUGCAAAAUAGGAAUACCUCCGAAGGAAGGAGUCUAUGAACUGGCUACUUUUCUGAUGAAACCUGGUGGCCCAGCUCUAUGGGGUGACGCAUUUGAAAGGGCUGUAAAUGCCCAUGCUCAUCAAGGCUACGUUAAACUAAUUGGUGUGUUCCAUGCAGAGUAUGGAUUGCUCAACAGAGUUCAUGUUCUGUGGUGGUCUGAGAACGCAGAUGCUCGGGCAGCUGGGAGACGUCGAGCCCAUGAAGAUCCCAGAGUCGUGUCUGCUGUUCGGGAAAGUGUCAACUACCUGGAUGCUCAGCAAAACAUGUUCCUUAUUCCUUGGUCAUUUUCACCACUGAAAUAG